AGGGAACCUUGGACAAAGGCCCUCGCUUUAGCCCCUAAAUCGCGCACCUCUCCCGCCGCUCCUCCUCCGGCCCGCCGCAGUCGACGCCACCUCCGCCCCCGUCUCCGGCGAGUUCACCCGCGGCGGCGCGCGGCGAUGACGACUUCAAGGCGUCUUGCUGACAGGAAGAGCGCGAAGUUUCAGAAGAACAUCACGAAGAGAGGUUCUGUACCUGAGACUACUGUGAAAAAGGGAAAUGACUACCCUGUUGGGCCUUUGGUGCUUGGAUUCUUCAUUUUUGUGGUCAUUGGAUCAUCCUUGUUUCAGAUAAUCAGGACAGCGACUAGUGGCGGGAUGGCUUAAACUGAGCUGAAACCAGAAAUUCAUCGAUGUGUUUGGGAACUGGGAGGCAGUAUCUGUAUCCUGAAGCAAACUAUGCUCCUGGAUGAUGUGACUCUUGCUUUUGUUUCCUGUUGUUUGGAUUAUCUAGAGUCCAAGACUGUACUAGAUGUCAGAAUCAUGCACAGGCUGAAAGUUUUAAAGAUAUAGUAUAAUGGUAAUCUGGGGAAUAGUAGUUACUAUAAUUCCUCAGUGUGGGUGAUUUGUUUAUCGUUUA